AUGUGCGAAUUUAUUGCGCAUACGAUUCUGCCAGUUCUUCUAGGAGGCAUCGUUAGCGUUGCUCUGAUGACACGUGCUCAGUUACAAAACUGUCGUCUCAGUCGAUCGGCUCAUUGGCAUAAACAAUGGCGAAUGACGUUUCAGUUGUUUUUCAUUUCAAACUUGAAUAUUUUGGUCAAGUUUCGAAUGUUCACAACUCCAUUGACACGUCUUUUGGACUUACCACCAAAUGCUGGCGUUUAA